GAGUGAAAGAGGCGCAGAAGUGAAAGAAAGAAAAUGAAGGCGUUGGGAUGGUGGCUGAUAGCGGUGGGCACGCUUCGAUUGGCCUCCGUCUGGUUCGGUUUCUUCGACAUUUGGGCCCUUCGACUCGCCGUCUUCUCCAACACUACCAUGACUGAAGUUCAUGGGCGUACAUUUGGAACUUGGACCCUGUUGACCUGCACCCUUUGCUAUAUCUGCGCAUUCAACCUUAACAAUAGGCCUCUCUACCUGGCUACUUUCUUGUCAUUCAUCUAUGCUUUUGGUCAUUUCUUGACUGAAUACCUAAUUUAUCGUACGAUGUUGAUUUCGAACCUGACCACUGUUGGCAUAUUUGCAGGAACAUCGAUUGUAUGGAUGCUAUUACAAUGGAAUGCGCACUCGAAAGUCCACUUGAAACACUCUUAGAGAAAUGAUUAGCAAACAAAAAUAGAUGGGACAAAAGGGUGAUAAAGUGACUGAUGGCAUUGGACCGUGUUGGAAACAGGAGACGCAGCUCUAAAUAUCCCAUUCUUCUAGUUGAUUUUAUUUAGAGUCAUUUCACGUUGAUACGAUUAAGUUCUGCAACCCUUUGCGGUUUAGAAAAUUGAUGGCACUGUUGAAUUUGUGUCGCCUCAUUGAUGAGGUGCUUUGCCUCGUUCCUGUGGUUGAAAAUACAAGUCUUUAUUGGCUUUGUAUCGAAACGGAGAGGGUGGCACUAACAGAUUUUGAAGAAAUGAAAUCCUCGGUGUUUAGGAUGAUUUCUAGUGUAUACUUUAUUAUCUCUGUUUAAUGAGCUUCUAAUGUUGCAGAAUGGAUUGGAUUUGGUAAUUAAGAGCAUGCGGUGAUUUGCGAACAAAACUAACUUUACUGUCCUAAGCUCAAACGAUAAGAAUCUGAUAUCAAAUUUUUUAAAUUACUAUUUCCUCAAUUUUUGUAUCUGAAAUUAUUUAUCAAAUUGAUCAAGGGAGUUUAUUU